AUGAACAUAGACAUAAUGAACAUAGACAUAAUGAACAUAGACACAAUGAACAUAGACACAAUGAACAUAGACAUAAUGAACAUGGACAUAAUGAACAUAGACAUAAUGAACAUAGAGAUAAUGAACAUAGACACAAUGAACAUAGACAUAAUGAACAUGGACAUAAUGAACAUAGACAUAAUGAACAUAGAGAUAAUGAACAUAGACACAAUGAACAUAGACAUAAUGAACAUAGACAUAAUGAACAUAGACAUAAUGAACAUAGACAUAAUGAACAUAGACACAAUGGACAUAGACACAAUGAACAUAGACACAAUGGACAUAGACACAAUGAACAUAGACAUAAUGAACAUGGACAUAAUGAACAUAGACAUAAUGAACAUAGACAUAAUAAACAUAGACACAAUGAACAUAGACAUAAUGAACAUAGACACAAUGAACAUAAACACAAUGAACAUAGACAUAAUGAACAUGGACAUAAUGAACAUAGACAUAAUGAACAUAGACAUAAUAAACAUAGACACAAUGAACAUAGACAUAAUGAACAUAGACACAAUGAACAUAGACACAAUGAACAUAAACACAAUGAACAUGGACAUAAUGAACAUGGACAUAAUGAACAUAGACAUAAUGAACAUAGACACAAUGAACAUAGACAUAAUGAACAUAGACAUAAUCAACAUAGACAUAAUCAACAUAGACUCAAACACACAUUUAUCUGUGAAAUUAACAAGACAAACGUUGACCAUUGUAAAGACCUAA